AUGCAUAUAGUUUUACAAGGUCGUUUGCUAAAAGGGAACAAUAACAUCUUGAAUUAUGGUCUCCUGGAUAGGGUGACCAGACAUUCUGGUUUGCCUGCCCAGGACAGAGAGGCUUUCCAGGACAGGAUUUUCAGUGCUAAAACUGGAACCAUGCUGGGCAGACCGAGCUGGCCUCUUUUUCGUGGAAGUUCAGAUGUCGAUCAACUAGGAAAAAUCUUGGACGUAAUUGGACUCCCAGGAGAAGAGGACUGGCCUAGAGAUGUUGCCCUUCCAAGGCAGGCUUUUCAUUCAAAAUCUCCUCAGCCUAUUGAGAAGUUUGUAACAGAUAUUGAUGAACAAGGCAAAGACCUACUUCUGAUUGGCACAGACAGCUCUGCUCCAGCCUUUGGGGUCAAGUACAGGUUGUCUCCGUGCGUCUUAUUCUGGGGCCCAGACCAGAGAGGCUGCGGCUCCCUGGAGCAUGUUUUGCUCAUGGUCGAAGGAAGAUGCUCCCAGGAGGCAAGCAGAAGCCUAUGGUGGAUGCCCCUGAAGGCCUCUUGGAAGAGCCACCCUGUUACUUCUGUCCACAUUUCACUGGCCAAAGCAAGUUUCAUGACCAAGGCCAACUUUAGUAAGGAAUAUUCCUCCCAUGGAGAGAAGAAAGGCAACAUGUGCUGAAAAAUGUUCCACUGUAGUAUUCAACUCUUGACUAAGGCGUCAUUCAAAAAGCUCAUUUUAGGGUCGGCCGAGUGGCGUGUUGGUUAGGAGUUGGCUUGGGACACCAGCUCUGAGCAGCAGGGCCCGG